AUGAAUGAGACACAGGUUGAGACUCCAUUUUUAACAUAUUUACUUUCUACAAAGGCAGCUGUGAAUCUAUCAAAAGUAAGGGAAAGAGUAUUGAAUGUCGAUGAUAUUGUAAACACAGAUAAAGUAACAUCAUAUCAACAAAAAUAUGGACAUUUGGAAUUUGAUACAGAAAGAGCGCAAUAUGACUCUCUGAACACAUUACGUAAAGAGUAUAAAGAGAAAGAGAUGAAACUAAGAACUAGACGUUAUAGUAUAGAUUUUGACAAUGCACAAACUGGUUUAGAAAUGAUAAAUACUGAGACAUCUCAGUCAAUUAGGAGUACCGGCAAUGACCAUAAUGAUGAUAACGUACAAGCUUUGAGAGAGAGACUAUUGGGUAAUAGACAGAGUAGGAUGGAUCUGGAUGAAAAUGGAAUAGUCAAAUCGGUAGAUAAACAGAUAGAGGAUCAAGACAACAUGCAGAAUGAACUGGUGGAUAAUAUGAGUAAAUUGGUUCAUAACUUGAAAGAAGGUGCUGUAGCCUUCCAAAAUGCACUGGAUGAAGAUAAGAAAGUUCUUGGUGCCGCUGAGAUCGGGAUUCAAGUUGCAUCGAGAGGUCUCCUGGAUGUUACGGGCAAGUUGACCAAAUACGACAAGAAGAAACUAGGUUACAUGUUCUACAUAACCGUUUUUCUAUUUAUGUUUGUAGGUCUAAUCCUGACAUUCAUAAUCAUCAAACUGUUCCCAGCAUUAUAA